AUGCAGCACCUGGUCAACCAUUUUGUUACAUUGGUCAAUGAAGUUGAGCAGGCCAUGGUGAUCAGGAAGCUGGCCUCCAGCUUAGUGGCUCUCUUCAUGCAACCGGCUACGCCGUGGAAACGGGCCGUAUUGCAGCUUGCAGCCAGUCUUGCCAACGGAGGGUAUGUUUCUGAGGACGACUGCGGGUCAUUGGACUUCCAAAACACGGUGAUCCCGGCUCUUUCCCAGAAACAAAUCAUUGCCUUGCUGUUCUUCUCGAAUCACCUGGCAGAGGAAACCAUGCGGCUGGGUGGGGACAAGUAUGAUCAAGAUGUUAUUGCAGAAGGGGAUCCGGAUAUUAUGCGCGACCGCAGAGGGAUGUCGGUUUCUGUGCGUGUUGCCCAUAAUACCCGGGAUGCGUUUCUUCUUUCCCAGUAUGUCUUGCGGCAGAUAUCACAGCAAGCCACUGUCCCGGACUUGGGCACAGAGGCUAUGAAUUCUUGGAAGGUAAGAUCAGAUUUACCAUCACAUUUGCUGCAAGACCCGAGUAUUGAUGGCGGCACAGACCUGGCUUGUUGUACAUGGAAACCAUCCAUCCCCAACAACACAAGACAUACCAGACGAGGUCUCUCACAUCAAAACGUCAUGUGCCCAUGA